UUUGAAAUCUGAAUUGUGAUACGUAAAUUGGGAUAAAGGGAGUACUUGGGGAUCCGAUACCCUAAUUAGGUGCUUUUUGCUUGUUAAGAAUACGAGAUUGGAUAUCCUAACUACUCCGUACUAUUUUGACUGCUAAUCUGGAUUAGUUUAAGUGUUGUUAAGAGUAAGGUAAUAUAGUUGUGAUGUCUUCAAUUUGAGUGAAAUGCUAAUCUAAAAAUUGUUAUCCUUAUUUAAUUAAGAUUAGAUUGUGUGCUUUAUUCACGUAAUAAUACUUUGAGUGGAGGACUCGGACGAAUUUAUUGAUGCGAUCGCUGCUUUCAUAAAGUGCUUUUUGAACUAUUAAUUAGAUGUUUUGUUGUUUUCAUUAUAUUGCAAUUUGUUAGCUUGAUUCUUUUUUCCCACCUUAAUGCUAUUUUGGGGAAUACAUAUUAAUAUAUGCUUACAUAUGGAUUCCUGUGCAAUUUGCAACCGUUGGUUAUGAUGCUCUUACAUUAGGAAAGCUGAUAUAAUUAUUCGUCUAGAUUUUGGUGGAAUUAUAUUCUUUCUUUCUCUGCAUAUUUAGCCGUCAGUGUGUUUCUUCACAUGUUGAAUCUUUCUUUUGACAAGGUGCUCAACUUACCACUAAGUUGUUCCCUAAAGAAAAAGAUACUGGUGUUAUGAAUGUGACCAUAAUAAUGGCAUCAGAGAGUUGUAUGCUUUUUUGUUAUUCUAACCAGUAUGAUUAUUAUAAGCAUAUGUGCUGUAUGUGUCAUUUAAGUCUUAUAUUGAAAGGUUCCAACUUCAGUGGCCGGUGAUGAAUAACCUUUGAAACUACUAUAAGUGGCAUCUUCUUGAAGCAUAUUUGUCCACCACCGAGAUGGAAUGAUAAUUGAUAAAGAAACAUAGCCAAAAAAAAAAAAAAAAAAAGGUUUCUUCCCCCAUGAAAAAGCAGGAAGCAGAGAAAAAAGAGCUGAGCCGUCUCCAACAACAGGUUCCUUCUCCAAGUUUCAACUAAUGCAAGGCUCUAGUCGGAGUGCUUCUUUUUCGUUGAUGAGAAGCUGUUCCAGUGGAAAUUUAUACGGUGAAACGACCGGCGAAUUUGAGUUUAAAUUUGCUGUUGGAUCUAGUUCUACAUCAGGAUCACUGGCGAAGGAAGCUGCGUUUUCAGCAGGUUUCAACCAACAGCAAAGUGAACCACUGAAUCAAGUUCAAGAUCGAUGUCUUUCUCAAUCAUUAGCACCUUCAGCUCUUGUUAAAAGCGAGAUGCCUAAUUCAAAGGAGCUGAAUCUACCUUCACCUGUUAGUUUAGAUGCCUCGUCAAUUAGUACUGCUGCUGCAACUGAAAAUGAGGAAAUAAAUCAGAGAGGUCAAUCAAAUCCAAGCUUGCAAGGGUCACAUUCUGAUAAUAAAGAUGUAUCAUCGGUAACAGCUGACAGAUCAUCAGAAGAUGGGUAUAACUGGAGAAAGUAUGGCCAGAAACUUGUUAAAGGAAGUGAAUUCCCAAGGAGUUACUACAAAUGUACAUACCCAAACUGUGAAGUUAAAAAGAUAUUUGAGCGCUCUCCUGAUGGACACAUAACAGAGAUUGUUUAUAAAGGUUCCCAUGAUCAUCCUAAACCCCAACCCAGCCGUAGGUUUACUCCUGGUGCUCUUACGUCCAUCCAAGAAGACAGAGGUGAGAGAGAAGCAUGCCUCACUGGUCAAGAAGACAAAUUCAACACUAAUGCCCAGACUAGUAACACUGAGCCCAGUGGUACUCCACUAUCACCUCGACAAGCAGAUGAUGAUGGUCUUGAAGGUACAGUAUCUCAGUUGCACAGCGUUAAUGAUCAGAUGGACGAGGAUGAUCCAUUUGCAAAGAGAAGGAAAAUGGAUGGUUGCAUGGAUAUUACACCAGUUGUUAAGCCCAUCCGCGAACCGCGCGUUGUUGUUCAAACUGUGAGUGAAGUUGAUAUAUUGGAUGAUGGAUACAGGUGGCGGAAAUACGGUCAAAAGGUGGUCCGCGGUAAUCCUAAUCCCAGGAGUUAUUACAAGUGCACCAAUGCUGGUUGCCCUGUCAGGAAACAUGUGGAGAGGGCAUCCCAUGAUCCCAAAGCUGUAAUUACUACAUAUGAGGGGAAACACAAUCACGAUGUACCAACCGCCAGGACUAAUGGCCACGAAAUGGCGGGAUCGGCACCUGUAAAUGGGGGUUCGAGGAUCAGGGCGGAAGAGAAUGGCUCAAUUAGCUUGGAUCUAGGUGUUGGUAUAGCAUAUGGUACGGAGAAUAGGCGCAAUGGACAACUUCACACACUGCCUGCAGAAACUGUGCGUAGCCAAGUUCAGGUUUCAAGUUCUAGUAUGAUGGUAGUACAGCCAGCUGCAGUUGCGGCAUGCUACAGCAUUGUAAAUGGUGGCAUGAGCCGAUUUGGAACUGUGGAAAAUCGUGUUCAGGGCAACGGCUUUGAGACUCUGCCCUUGCAAUCUUCUGCUCAAUGUCCACAAAACUAUGGAAGGAUACUUUUGGGCCCGUGAUUGUUUCUGCCUUCAGGCAAAAACUUAAAAAUAAGAAGCCUCCGUGCGUUUCCUUUUUCUGCUUCUUGGUGGAUUACAGAGGGCUACAUCUCAUGUUGGAGUAUACACUUCGCUUCAGAUUUGAGAACUAUGUUGUAUGAUACAGUCUCACCAACUGUUCAUUGUGUAAUUAGCUUAAUAUCACAUUUGCUUUAUACCGAUAGUAUGCUACAAAUUGUGACAAUUAUGGAUGUCUGAGUAGAUGUGAACGUCAAUAUAUUCCACCAACAGUGGCAAAGUUUGCUCGGCCUAGCUGUGAAGAACUUGAAAGUAUGGGCUCUAUUUAGGAAAUUAGAAGAUAAUUGAAUAUGUUGAUUUCUGUAACAUGGUAGUAGACACGUGAGAAAUAUAUUUUCCCAAUAUAGUAAGGUAAAGAAAAGAUCUCGAUCUGAUGAAAAUGCAUUUUUGUUCUUUUCCA